UAGUAGAGAGUCGGCAGCCGCCAAGGACGUACAGAUCGCUGCGGUGUAUACUUCAUUUUAACGGAGCCAAUGACAACAAACGUAAGCUGUUUAUACAGUUCUCGCACUAAAGAAAAGUGACAAUCCGUGCUAGAGGGUCAGUGCGGAAAGGGAAGUGUUGUCAAGACGAGCACUGAGGCGGCAGCAAAGGACCGGCGUUGCAAGCGGUAAGUGUUUGCACUGACACGCCGGCAAUCAUAUCGCUUGCUCUGCGGAGCUACCGUCAGCCGAGAAGUGCCGCGCGGGCAAGCGCCUCGAAACUCCACACCCGCGCCGAUUUUCUUAUCUCCUCCGGCAGCAAAACGCGUAUACAAUAACAAGCACGAUUUCGCCCAGCAGCAGCAGUAGCAGCACCGCGAGGUCAGAGAAGCGUUCGCCAGCGUAAAAGACACCUGCCUGCGUGUGCUCCGUGCUGACCCGCAAGGAACGACUGAAAACAGAAAGAAAAAGACAAACAAAAAGUAGCAAGGGUGGUCAUCGAACCACGCGCUCGUUCGACGAGCGGUUAUCGCAACAGUCACAGCUGGUGAGAAGCUUCUUACGCCGGGCUCGAGUGACAGAAGGCAAGCUAACGAGACCGGACGUCCUGGCCCUCUAGCAGAGCGCUGACAAGAAACGGGAAGGUCGAGCCUUCACGUACGACGCGCCUACCAGAAGUACGCGCGUUUCCGGACCAUGGCGCAGCGUUCCGCAUCAACGUACCGCGCGACGUUCCUCGCCCUUCUGGCCACUGCUCUGGUGGGCCAGUGCGAGGCCGCAUGGAAAUCCUGCUCGGCAAACAACGGGCAAGUGCUGGACCUGACGGUGAACACACCCUGCAACAAGGACCGCUACGUCCUCCAGAAGGGCACCAACGUCACGCUCAACGUCCAGUUCUGGUCCUCCGUGGACAGCGACCACGUGAAGGUGCGCGCACACGGCUUCGUGAUGGGAGUGCCGAUCCCGCUCAAGAUGCCCAACGAAGACGGCUGCAAGAACAGCGGCAUCGAGUGCCCCGUGAAGAAUGGCGAAAAGUACGCGUACGUGCAGCAGUUCGAGGUGAAGCCUUCCUACCCCAAGAUGAGCGCUAACCUGAGGUGGGCGCUCGGCGAUUCGAACGGUGGCACCGUGGCCUGCGUGAUCUUGCCCGUGGACAUCGUCGAGUGAUAUUGCCGGAUGCACUGGUGAUGUGACGAGGACACGAUGGAUGCGUAUACGCCAAAGCAGGAUCAGUCGUGCGACGUGUCAUUGCCCUUCGUAUUAGGCCCGUUUGUUUUACGUAGCAAGCCAGAGCGCAUUAAAGAGGCGGGACGUGCGGCAUGUCGAUGCAUCCAGCUUCUCUGUUAAAGCCAGCUUACAGCUUAGAGUGCGAGUAACAACCAUCGCUGUGAGCGUUCCAUAAUUGGACAUUGUUAUGCAUGGCAACAGCAUGCUGCCAUAACUAUUUUAAAUGUGCCAGACCCAUGCUAAGCAUGGCCAACAGGUGAUGUGGGGUGAAAUGCAAAAAAACGUUCGUGUACCAUGGCUUGGAUGCACGUCAAAGAACCCCAGGUGGUCAAAAUUAAUCCGGAGUCCCUAACUACGGCGUGCCUCAUAAUUAAAACGUGGUUUUGGAACGUAAAACCCUGCCUGAUUUCUUUUUAUUUUUUUUUAAUUUCUGGGGGCAAAUGACCCUGGGUGACUUUCACCUUUCAGUUAUUCUCGCAUCAAUGCUCGCUUCUAGUGGCCUUCAACCGUCUUAUCAGCACAUUUGCAGCGCUGUAGUUGGCGGCCGUCUUCCGUUUAUGGUUAACAGUAAAGAGGGGGUGGGGAAGGAGUGCGUGCGUGUCGGUUUUCGUGCGUACAAGCUACCUGCAUGGCAGUGGUCGGUAUACACAGCCACCGCCGGCGAGAAACAGAUGGUCACGCACUAUAUAUUGUGAAUGAUCUAGCUAUAUGACGCACUUGUUGGUAUUUGCGAGUCAAAACCUGCACAUUGUUAAAGUCAUAAACCGUACAUGCACGAUACUUCACCGUAAUUAAUGUAUGUUAGAUUCGCUUAUUGCAGGAAGGACGCAGUCGCUCUGAGCGGUACGCGACACACCGUUAAUUUAUUGAUCUGGAAUUUGUACAAAACGCAUCUGUACGCGGCAACAAAUGUGUGAUCACAGAUUUAGCUUCAAAUAUGAAACUGAUGCGAGUUAAUCGCCAGUGACUCUGAAACAAACCACAACAUAUAGCUCUUGGCGCUAGUUCAACUGGCCUUCUCCCAAUAUCCUUUCUCUCUUAUAUAUAUAUAUAGUCUUGGCGUCCAAAAAUAUCGGUGCGAUGACCUUGUUGACAGCACGGCGCAGGGCUCCUACGAGAGUGCGAUUUCCGUCUCAUCCAAAUAAAAUAAA